AUGACUAGAAAGAAGUCUAACAAAACAGCCUCUAACAACCACAAUUCUGACCGCCCAACUAAAAAUAUUAGUAAAAACAACAAUAACACAAUAGAAGCAGCAUUUAAAAGAAUUCAAAAUAUCCGUCAAUGUCCAAAAUGUAACAAAAAGAUGGAUUAUUCUAUUUAUUUACAGCAUUAUGAAAAAUGUAAAAAUCGAGAGGUGGAAGAGGAUGAUGACGAUGAUAUUAUUUUUUGUGGAGAAGGACAAGGACAUAAGGAGAAUGAACAAGGAUCCAGGGAAGCCAGUGAAUCCAAGAAAAAUCUUAAAAGAACGCAAAAAUCAAGCGUGGUUGUGAAUGUGGAGGAGGAGGAUUCUCAGUCAAAUGCUAAAUCCCCUAGAAGUUCGGCACUUAAUUCUGGUAUUGUUUCUGAAAAUGUUUUUGAUGGAAAUGUGAGAAGAGGUUUUUUAUUUUUUAUUUUUUGUUUUUAAAUUAAAAAACCCCCAAAUUUAAUAAAUUUUAAUAAAUUUUGAUUUUUUGGAAUUAAAAUAAUUUUCAUGUUUUCGGGAAUUUGGGGGUCUAUGAUGAUAAUCUUCCAUGGUUAACGUCAUUUUAUUAAAUUUUAUUGUUAAUUUAAGGAUUGGUUUUUUGAAAAUAUAUAUUAUUUUCCUAUUUUGAAGAUUAAUGUUAGGUUGUCUGGAAUUUUUCUCGCUUAAAGGGAAAUAAAGGAAAGGGAAAUAACCCCCGGAAAAAAUCCUGGUUACGGGGCCUGAAAGUGACAGUCCUAUUUUGGUGCGUGUAUU